GCAGAAGCGACUUCUUAUUCGAACUGUCUGCUCACUUCCUUCCGCAAAUGAAUACCGUUCAUCUCUCUCGGGCUUUGCUCGAUUACAUGAAGUGGUUGCUUUAAUACCUUCAGCAGCAGCCAGACAUGCAGAUUACAGAGCGAGAUCCACUCGCCCUAGGAAAGAAGGAGUAAAAUAACUCAAUAUCUUUAGAAGACUGACUGGCUGGGGGAGGUGAAUGCGCUAUUCUUGUAUCAGUAAAGAGCCUGCGUUAAAUAACGAGGACGCAUAACACAGCAGAGGUGAGACAAACAAACGGCCCUUGGCAGAGAGGUUGGGUGCGAAGACUGCACGAACAGCAGCAUCUUAUCGCAUUUAGAGAUGAAAGUGAAGCAAGGCUGCGACGCGGGUGUCCCGUGUACGACUGAGGAGGAUUUGCUAAAAAGCACAGAAGUAACGCCGGAGGAUGUACUCGGGCUGCAGAAGAUCACAGACAAUUACCUCUGCGGUCCAGAACAGAACAUACACAAGAUCGACUUCACCAGGUUCAAAAUCCGAGACAUGGAGACAGGCAUGGUUCUUUUUGAGAUCACAAAACCCCCUACAACAGAGAGUGGGGAGGACAGAACGGACUUUGACCAGAACGCCGGGCGCUUUGUGCGAUACCAGUUCACCCCCGCUUUCCUCCGACUACGACAGGUUGGCGCCACGGUGGAGUUCACUGUAGGCGAUGUUCCCAUCAACAACUUCCGAAUGAUCGAGAGGCACUAUUUCCGUGAGCAGCUGCUGAAGAGCUUUGACUUUGAGUUUGGCUUCUGCAUCCCGAGCAGUAAGAAUACCUGUGAGCACAUCUAUGAGUUCCCACCACUCUCUGAAGAAAUAAUGCGUGAAAUGAUCCUUCACCCCUAUGAGACGCAAUCCGACAGCUUUUACUUUGUGGACAACAAGCUUGUGAUGCACAAUAAGGCAGAUUAUUCUUACAACGGUGGACCGUAAGAAGCCUCGCUCACCUUUUGCAGAAAACUGCAUUGAGUUGCAAAGCAACUGGCAGAGGAACAUCUACUGAGAGUGGCAUCUAGGCAUCUAAUCUUGUAUGUGAUAAUCCAUUUGGUUAAAAACAAUCUCAGGACUUGCGUGUGUGUGUGUGUGUGUGUGUGUGUGUGUGUGUGUGUGUGUGUGUGUGUGUGUGUGUGUGUGUGUGAGAGAGAGAGAGAGAGAAAGAGUGAGAGAGAGAGAGAGAGAGAAAGAGAGAGAGAAUGUUACUCAGAAUGGGCCAGUUUCCUUAGAAUCAUUUAAAGUAUGUGAUAACUCUGUCUCUUCAAGUAUAUGAGUGUGCCUGUGCACAUGUGCAUUAAUUGCAUGCUCUGUUUUUAUGUAUUUUUAAAAGCCCAAAGACAAAUAAUUCUUAACAACUCUAAUUUGUGACUAAAUUUUCUUACAAUGUUUCUCAAGGCUUCUAAAGCAUAAAAAGAGCAUCAUGUAGAGUGAGUUGCAGAUACAGUGCCCGAUGUAGUGUGUUUAAACCUUUAAAGGAAGGGAUACUGUCAGGAACUGUGUAUUUUGCCCUGACAUUGCACCCACUUCCUGAUUUUCUUUCAUUUUUUUCACUUUCAUUUUUGAAUGCUCAUAAUUUGGUCGAUGAUAUAAAUCUGUUAUUUAUAUUAAUAUGCUCUUAUUUAUAUUGAUAUACAUUGCCACACAUAUUUUUAAUAGCAACUUUUGUCAGAAAUAGUGAUAGGUAUCUGUCAAUUGUUUCAUGCAAUUUAACAAAACAGAGAACAAUAAAAAUUCCAAAGUACUUUAAA